AUGGGGGCGCCCCCGGGCUAUCGACCCUCGGCCUGGGUGCAUCUGCUCCACCAGCUGCCCCGCGCGGACUUCCAGCUCCGUCCGGUGCCCAGCGGCUUCGCUCCCCAGGAGCGGGAAUACCAGCAGGCCCUGUUGCUGGUGGUGGCCUUGGCUGGCCUGGGUUUGGGCCUCAGCCUCAUUCUCAUUGCUGCCUACCUCAUCCGUGUUUGCUGCUGCCAGCCCCCAGGGCCCCCCAGCGCCAAGAGUCCCCCGCCUGGGGGAGGCUGUGUCACCUGGAGCUGCAUUGCUGCCCUCCUCAUUGGCUGCGCGGGCAUUGGCAUCGGUUUCUAUGGCAACAGCGAGACCAGUGAUGGGGUGUCCCAGCUCAGCUCCGCACUGCUGCACGCCAACCACACGCUCAGUGCCAUUGACCAUCUGGUGUUGGAGACAGUGGAGAGGCUGGGCGAGGCCGUGAGGACAGAGCUGACCACUCUGGAAGAGGUGCUUACACAGCGCACAGAACUGGUGGCUGCCACCCGGGGGGCCCGGAGGCAGGCGGAGGCAGUGACCCAGCAGCUGCAGGGGCUGGCCUUCUGGCAGGGAGUGCCCCUGAGCCCCCUGCAAGUUGCAGAAGAUGUGUCCUUUGUGGAGGAGUACAGAUGGCUGGCCUAUGUGCUCCUGCUGCUCCUGCAGCUCCUGGUCUGUCUCUUCACCCUCCUGGGCCUGGCAAAGCAGAGCAAGUGGCUGGUGAUCAUCCUGUCUCCAGGAAGGCCCCGGGCCCAGGCUGACCGCCUUCUCUCCUCUUCCCCUUCUGCCUCAGACAUCCUGAACUAUUAUUUCCUCUGCAACCAGGCCGUCUCCAACCCCUUUCAACAGAGGCUGACUCUGUCCCAGCGAGCUCUGGCCAACAUCCACUCCCAGCUGCAGGGCCUGGAGCGAGAAGCUGUGCCCCAGUUUCCUUCCGCGCAGAAGCCUCUGCUGUCCUUGGAAGAGACGCUGAACGUGACUGAAGGAAACUUCCACCAAUUGGUGGCACUACUGCACUGUCGAGGCCUGCACAAGGAUUACGGUGCAGCCUUGCGCGGCCUGUGUGAAGACGUGCUGGAAGGCCUCCUCUUCCUGUUGCUCUUCUCCCUCUUGUCUGCGGGGGCCCUGGCCACUGCCCUCUGCAGCCUGCCCCGAGCCUGGGCCCUGUUCCCGCCCAGUGAUGACUACGAUGACACAGACGACGACGACCCUUUCAACCCUCAGGAAUCCAAGCGCUUUGUGCAGUGGCAGUCAUCUAUCUGAGCCCCUCCAUGUUAGACUGGAGCCUGCCUCUCCUCUCUGGUGAGCUUCCAGAGUGACACCCCAGCUUCCGAAGCUGGCCUCUGUCCUCUCCCACUCUGGGCACGGUGGUGGCCCUCCGACCAGCAUCCCAUGCUGACUCUGCUUCUCUUUGCAGUUCCUUCCCUGGCUGCCGGAGAAGACCCCACUAAUCCAGCCUGACUGGGCCACCACUAACCAACAGCCCUAGCCAUGGACAUCCCAAACAGGAUGGCCUCCCUGCCCAGAUCCCUCUCUGUGCCCUUAGCCCUGGGAGAGGCUGAGGGGGCAGGCCAGGGCCUGGGGCUGACCGGGGAAGGGGUCCUCCUCCCUGACUGCCUGGCCCACCCUUGAAGGGACAUGAAUACCCCUGCCGCCACCACCCCCAGGUGGGCUUAGGGCCUCAGUCUCAAAUUGUGGCACUAAUUUGGGAAUGGGUUGAUUUGAAAUAAAAGGGAAGACUUUAUUUUACAAGCAGCUGGAUCCUUCUUAUUUCUCCCCGGCCUGGUCUGGCCUCUGGUUGGGGUAAGGAGACCCCUCACCUCGGCCUCCUGGCUGCCAGGUGUUUCUGCUCCUGACCAGGCUCUGCAGCGGUCAGGAUUGUUCUCAUUUAGAAAAACAUGCCCUCUCCAGGAUUCUAAAAGCAAUAAACGUGUCCUGACACAGGAAGAGACAGUCAUCCCUGGGACAAAAUAGACAACCUAGAAAUGGGUCUCGGUGUGUGUA